GAAGUGCUCCUGAAAGGGCCAGAGAUGCAAGGAUUUGGGACACAUUUUGAACCUUUAAGCAUCUGACAGUGACCUCCUUUCAUUAUUAAUAAAGAAGAAGCUUGAGCUUAGGAUGUAUUAACACCAACUCAUUAAUACACUAACCGGACAGUGUUCUGCGAACGAUUCUACAUUGUAAAGAACUGGAUUGGUACAAAAUAAAAUAAUCUCGUAUUUUACUCAGCUUAUAAUAUGUCUCGAUGGAGGAAAAUUUGAUAAGCAUGAGGGAAGAACAUUCUUUUCAUGUUCGUUACAGAAUGGAAGCUUCUUGCCUGGAGCUGGCCUUGGAAGGGGAGCGUCUGUGUAAGUCAGGAGACUGCCGUGCUGGCGUGUCGUUCUUUGAAGCUGCAGUUCAGGUUGGAACCGAAGACCUGAAAACACUUAGCGCUAUUUACAGCCAGCUGGGCAAUGCUUAUUUCUAUUUGCAUGAUUAUGCCAAAGCAUUAGAAUACCACCAUCAUGAUUUAACUCUUGCAAGGACUAUUGGAGACCAGUUGGGGGAAGCCAAAGCUAGUGGUAAUCUGGGAAACACCUUAAAGGUCCUUGGGAAUUUUGAUGAAGCUAUAGUUUGUUGUCAGCGACAUCUCGAUAUUUCCAGAGAGCUUAAUGACAAGGUGGGAGAGGCAAGAGCACUUUACAAUCUGGGAAAUGUAUAUCAUGCCAAAGGGAAAAGUUUUGGCUGCCCUGGGCCCCAGGACAUAGGAGAAUUUCCAGAAGAAGUGAAAAACGCUCUGCAGGCUGCUGUGGACUUUUAUGAGGAAAACCUGUCAUUAGUAACGGCUUUGGGAGACCGAGCAGCCCAGGGGCGUGCCUUUGGAAAUCUCGGAAACACACAUUACCUCCUCGGCAACUUCAGGGAUGCAGUCAUAGCUCACGAACAGCGUCUCCUUAUUGCAAAAGAGUUUGGAGAUAAAGCAGCUGAAAGAAGAGCAUAUAGCAACCUUGGAAAUGCAUAUAUAUUUCUUGGCGAAUUUGAAACUGCCUCUGAAUACUACAAGAAAACACUGCUGUUGGCUCGACAGCUUAAAGACAGAGCCGUGGAAGCACAGUCUUGCUAUAGUCUUGGAAACACAUAUACUUUACUUCAAGACUACGAAAAGGCCAUCGAUUAUCACCUGAAGCACUUAGCCAUCGCUCAGGAGCUAAGCGAUAGAAUUGGUGAAGGACGCGCAUGUUGGAGCUUAGGAAAUGCGUACACAGCUCUAGGAAAUCAUGAUCAAGCGAUGCAUUUUGCCGAAAAGCACUUGGAAAUUUCAAGAGAGGUCGGGGACAGAAGUGGCGAACUAACAGCACGACUGAACCUCUCAGAUCUUCAAAUGGUUCUUGGUCUGAGCUACAGCACAAACAAUUCCGUAAUGUCUGAAAACAUUGAAAUCGAUAACAGUUUACACGGUACACGACCCAAGUUGGGACGCCGGCACAGUAUGGAAAAUAUGGAACUUAUGAAGUUAACACCAGAAAAGGUACAGAACUGGAACAGUGAAAUUCUUGCUAAACAAAAACCUCUUCUUGCCAAACCUUCUGCAAAGCUACUAUUUGUCAACAGACUGAAGGGAAAAAAGUACAAAACUAAUUCCUCAACCAAAGUUCUCCAAGAUGCCAGUAACUCCAUUGACCACCGGAUUCAACCUUCUCAGAGAAGAAUCAGCGCAGACACUGUUGGGGAUGAAGGCUUCUUCGACCUAUUGAGCCGAUUCCAAAGCAACAGGAUGGACGAUCAGAGGUGCUGCUUACAGGAAAAGCACCGCCGGCCAGCUUCAACAGCAGCCUCUACGCCCCCCAGAGUGGUGCUAAAAGCACCGUCUGUUUCUGUGGUGUCCCCCAACACGGAUGAGUUUCUAGAUCUUCUCGCCAGCUCUCAGAGCCGCCGUCUGGAUGACCAGCGGGCCAGCUUCAGUAACUUACCAGGGCUUCGGCUGACACAGAACACCAGCCAGUCAGUACUUGGCCACCUAAUGACAAAUGACAACAAACAGCCAGAGGAAGACUUCUUUGACAUCCUUAUAAAAUGUCAAGGGUCCAGACUAGAUGAUCAAAGAUGUGCUCCACCACCUGCUGCCACAAAGGGUCCAACAGUACCAGAUGAAGACUUUUUUAGCCUUAUUUUGCGGUCGCAGGCAAAAAGAAUGGAUGAACAGAGAGUUCUUUUACAAAGAGAUGAAAACAGAGACUCUGAACUUGGGCUGAAGGGCCUUUUACAAAGUGAUGCUUUGUUGGAAUUUAAAAAUUCAGGAAAAAAAACAUCAAACCACUAGUUACAAUGGAUGCUUUUAAAGAAAAGACCUCAUUUCCUUUCAGAAUACUGCAGGGAAAUUCAAUCUAUUAAUUUUUCCUUAAAAGGAGAAUUUAUAGCACUGUAAUACAGCUUGAAAUAUUUUGAGAGUGAUGUAAAUACCUGACCUUCAGUAGUGUAGUAUUAGGGAAUUAACACGCCUCUGAACACUGAAGUGUUUCGGGUGGAGGUGUCCUUUAAGGUGCUUCAUCAGCUGUGAUUACUGCUUCAGAUUCUGUUCUUUGGCAACUUGUUAGAUUCCUUUACCUAGUUUUACCUAGUGUUUGUAAAGUAGGAAGUUAAAUGAAUCCCAAACUAGAGUUUAAUCCUCUUGCUGAGAUAAAUUUUUAAAUUUUAAUUGAUGAAGACUUUUUUUAUACUUAACCAUGGAAAUAUUAGGAAAUUAUGCUGUUUAGUAAAAAUAAUGUACUUGACCAAUGUAAGAAAGUCAAACUUGUAUUAAAAGUAAUUUUUUUCUCUAGAAAAAUCUC